AUGGCGCACAACUCGUACGGCCUCCAGAAUAAGGAGGACAAGAGCUCUCCCCCCCAAACCGGCGGAACGUCAGAGGCACACAACUCCUACGGUCUCCAGAACCAGGUGGACAUGCGCUUCGACGGUCAGACUGUGGUCGUCACCGGUGCCGGCGGCGGGCUCGGAAAGGCAUAUGCCACCUUCUUCGGCUCAAGAGGCGCCAAUGUCGUUGUGAACGAUCUCGGCGGCUCGUUCAAGGGCGAGGGCAAGUCGUCAAAGGCUGCAGAUGUAGUCGUAGAUGAGAUUAAGGCCGCUGGCGGCAAAGCUGUGGCCAACUACGACAGCGUGGAGAAUGGCGAGGCUAUCAUCGAUACGGCCAUCAAGGCAUUCGGACGGAUAGACGUGCUCAUCAACAAUGCGGGCAUCCUUAGGGAUAUCAGCUUCAAGAACAUGAAGGAUGAGGACUGGGAUCUGAUUAUGAAGGUCCAUGUUCGAGGAGCAUACAAGUGCGCAAGAGCUGCUUGGCCGCAUUUCAGGAAACAGAAGUACGGCCGAGUCAUUAACACGGCUUCUGCCGCCGGCCUCUUUGGCAGUUUUGGCCAGUGUAAUUACUCUGCGGCCAAACUAGCACAGGUAGGCUUCACCGAAUCGCUCGCCAAAGAGGGCAUCAAGUACAACAUUCUUUGCAACGUAAUUGCACCAAUCGCCGCAAGUCGCAUGACCCAGACGGUUAUGCCCCCGGACGUACUCGAGAACCUGAAGCCGGACUGGGUUGUCCCUCUUGUAGCAGUCCUAGUACACUCCUCGAACACGAAAGAAACCGGUUCGAUCUUCGAGGUUGGUGGCGGACACAUUGCGAAGUUACGGUGGGAACGUGCAAAGGGUGCUCUCCUCCGCGCGGAUGAGUCGCUCACGCCUGGCGCAAUCUUGACAAAGUGGGACAACGUCAACGACUUCUCCGCACCGAGCUAUCCAACUGGGCCGGCGAACUUUAUGGAGCUGCUGGAGGAGGCGCAAAAGCUGCCUCCUAACCCUGAGGGCGAGAAGACUGACUUCAAGGGCAAAGUUGUGCUUAUCACUGGCGCUGGUGGAGGGCUUGGUCGUGCAUACGCUUUACUCUUCGCGAAGAACGGAGCCAAAGUCGUCGUAAAUGACUUAGUAAACCCAGAUAACGUCGUCGAGGAGAUCAAAAAGAUGGGUGGAGAGGCAGUCGGCAACAAGGCGAACUGCGAAGACGGCGACGCUGUAGUCAAGACGGCAAUUGACGCCUACGGUCGUAUUGACGUCGUCAUCAACAAUGCUGGCAUCCUCCGUGACAAGGCGUUUACCAAUAUGACGGACGAGCAGUUCGACUCUGUCCUCAAUGUCCACCUCCGAGGUACAUACAAGGUUACCAAGGCGGCAUGGCCAUACUUCCUCAAGCAAAAGUACGGCAGAGUCGUCAACACUACCAGCACCAGCGGUAUCUACGGCAACUUUGGCCAAGCGAACUAUGCGGCGGCGAAGUGCGGUAUCCUUGGCUUCUCUCGUGCUCUUGCCCGGGAGGGUGUUAAGUACAACAUCUACGUCAACACUAUUGCACCCAACGCCGGCACGAACAUGACCCGGACAAUCAUGCCCGAGGAGAUGGUGCAGGCUUUCAAGCCCGACUACGUUGCGCCGCUCGUUGUACUCCUGUCCUCGGACAAGCUUCCUCAGCCUACUGGCGGCCUCUACGAGGUCGGUAGCGGCUGGCACGCCAAGACGAGAUGGCAGCGAACCGGUGGCCAUGGCUUCCCGAUUGAUGUGCCGCUCACACCUGAAGCAGUACUCAAGGUCUGGGACCGCAUUAUCAAUUUUGAUGACGGCCGCGCAGACCACCCUGAGGACGGUAACGAUGGCCUCAAGUCCAUCAUGGCCAACUUCGACAAUCGGAGCACCGGCAGCAAGAAGGAGAGCAAGAGCGGAGGCGCCAACAAGGAGAUCCUAGAGAACAUCGAGAAGGCGAAGAAGGCAGAGGCCGAAGGCACCGAGUACAAGUACGAUGAGAAGGAGGCAAUCCUCUACAAUCUCGGCAUCGGCGCCAAACGCACCGACCUCCCCUGGGUCUUCGAAAACGCAGACAACUUCCACGUGAUCCCGACCUUCGGUGUAAUCCCACCCUUCAACGCCGUCGCGCCUUUCUCCCUCUCCGACGUUGUCCCCAACUUCUCCCCCAUGAUGCUGCUGCACGGUGAGCAGUAUCUAGAGAUCCGCAAGUAUCCCAUCCCGACCGAAGCGACCCUCGUCAGUUACCCCAAGCUCAUCGAGGUCGUCGACAAGGGCGCAGCGGGCGUCGUGACCAUCGGCACGACCACCAAGGAUGCCCGCACGGGUGAAGAUGUGUUCUACAACGAGAGCACGACCUUCAUCCGCGGCUCAGGUGGAUUUGGCGGCCCCAAGAAGGGGACAGACCGCGGCGCCGCGACGCGCGUGCACAAGCCGCCGCAGCGCAACCCGGACGCCGUGGUCGAGGAGAAGACGACCGAGGAGCAGGCGGCGUUGUACAGGUUGUCUGGUGAUCGGAACCCUCUCCACAUCGACCCGGAGUUCAGCAAGGUUGGGGGCUUCGAGACGCCCAUCCUGCACGGGCUGUGCUUCUUUGGGUUCAGUGGAAAGCAUGUCAUUCAGACGUACGGGCCGUUCAAGAACAUCAAGGUCCGGUUUGCCGGGACGGUGUUGCCGGGACAGACGCUCAGGACGGAGAUGUGGAAGGAGGGCGGGAAAGUUAUUUUCCAGACGAAGGUCGUGGAGACCGGGAAGCUGUGUAUUGCGGGCGCGGGGGCGGAGCUUUUGGGGCAAGAGAAGGGAAAGCUGUAG